GCAGUGCAAUUAUUUCGCGAAACUUUACAAUUGCCAUUAAAAUUUAAUUUUUCACGAAAUAUAAUAAAAUAUCAAAUGCCGAACGAAAGUACGCCAUCACCCACGUCCAAGGACGCUGAUGAGAACAUCGGUCAAGAAAUUCAAGCUAUAACUAAAGAGGUAGUGCGGGCAUCAGACGAGAUGCUUGCAAAUGCCUUUGACGGCUUGAACGUGAAUGUUGUCGCGCCUACAAAGGAAAUGGCCAAUACGCCGGGUGAAUUACUGGCACACUUGAGUAAAAAACGGGAUCAAGCUACACAGCAGGAGAACAAUUUACUGCAGGUGUUGCAAGAAUCUAAAACGAGCAAGCAGUUGCUGCUGCAGUCCAGCUCUGCCAAUUCGCAACGCAAAUUCUCUUUUUGGUCCACACAGCCGGUGCCAAUGCUGGAUGAAAAAAUUGAAACUAAUGAGUGCAUCGAGCCGAACAAGGAUGUUAAUGAGAUUCGAUCCGAACCAUACACCUUGCCUAAUGGCUUCAAAUGGGUCACCCUAGACCUUAACAAUACCAGUGAUCUAAAGGAGUUAUAUACGCUUCUAAAUGAGAAUUAUGUGGAAGACGAUGAUGCUAUGUUCCGCUUUGACUAUCAGCCUGAGUUUUUGAAGUGGUCGCUACAGCCUCCUGGGUGGAAAUCCGACUGGCAUGUUGGAGUUCGUGUUGAGCGAUCUGGAAAGCUGGUCGGAUUCAUUUCGGCCAUUCCCAGCAAACUGCGAGCAUAUGACAAAGUGAUCAGUGUGGUGGAUAUAAACUUUUUGUGUGUGCACAAGAAGCUGCGUAGCAAGCGGGUCACUCCAGUGCUGAUACGUGAAAUAACACGACGUGUAAAUUCAACGGGCAUCUUUCAGGCAGCGUACACUGCUGGCGUUGUGUUACCCACGCCAGUAUCAACAUGCCGCUAUUGGCAUCGCUCCCUCAAUCCCAAAAAGCUUGUCGAUGUUCGUUUCUCGCAUUUAGCCCGCAAUAUGACAAUGCAGCGCACUGUCAAGCUGUACAGACUCCCUGAUCAAACCAAGACCAAAGGCUAUCGCCGCAUUCAGCCAAAAGAUAUGGAAAAAGCACACAAGCUGCUCGAUAAUUACCUGAAAAAGUUCUCGCUGUGCCCUGUAUUUAAUGAGGAAGAGUUCCGUCAUUGGUUCACUCCCCGAGAUGGUAUAGUUGAUUGCUUUGUCGUGGUUGACGACAAAGGCAACAUUACAGAUUUGACCAGUUAUUACUGCUUGCCUUCGUCUGUGAUGCAUCAUCCAGUGCACAAGACUGUGCGUGCUGCGUAUUCUUUCUAUAAUGUGUCCACCAAGACGCCUUGGUUAGAAUUGAUGAACGAUGCUCUCAUAUCGGCGCGUAAUGUCGACAUGGACGUAUACAACGCUCUCGAUCUCAUGGAUAACAAGCAAUUCUUAAUGCCAUUGAAGUUCGGUGCUGGCGAUGGUAACCUACAGUACUAUUUAUAUAAUUGGCGUUGCCCCGCCAUGCAACCUGAGAACAUUGCACUGAUCCUUAUGUAGACGCGGGUGUUGGAGCUUAUAGAAUGCGGGUUUUUCAACACCAACUACAUAAUCGCACCAAUGCAUAGGAAUAUUACAUACGCAUAUACAAAGUCGACAGAGAAGCUCGGCUCACAAUUGUCUAAGUCCCCAUUCAAAGUCUAACUUUAGUUAUUAACACUAGUAUUUGCAACAUGGUGCGUACGCUCAGCUUCUUGCAUUUUAUUCCUCGUGUAUGUGAUUUACACGUCCCUCCUCCACAAACAUUCACAUUACCCCCAUAGAAAACACAUUUAUAAAAGUUUGUUUUGUAAGAAUAUUGUUAACCCUGAAUGUUGCAUUUUAUGAAUCGCUUUGCUUGGAUAUUUUUAUAAAUUAAAAUCAAUAAAACCGGCGGCAACGGUGGAGAUCGA